UGUAGAGCUCGGACAGUUGAACUCGUCUCUGAAGCAUAUUGGAGCAAAGCACGAUAGCGAGCUCGACUGAUCGCGCUUGAAGGAGGAAGAGAGACAGUCGAACUCGCACUCUAAGAGCUUUGUAUCAAAAUGGCAGCAGCAGCUGUGGCAGCUCCAAGCCUACCUAGCAGCAUGGACGCAUCCUUCAACGACAAGGGCAAGCCGACAGAGGUCAGAAAUUCCAACAUCAACGCGGCUAAGGCCGUUUCCGAUGCCGUUCGGACCAGUCUGGGACCAAAGGGUAUGGACAAGAUGAUUCAGACCGCAAACGGGGAAGUGGUGAUUACGAACGACGGAGCGACCAUCCUGAAACACAUGGCGGUUCUGCAUCCAGCAGCGCGGAUGCUUGUUGAACUCUCACAAGCUCAGGAUAUCGAAGCGGGAGAUGGGACGACCAGUGUCGUCGUCCUAGCCGGGAGCUUAUUAGCGGCCGCAGAGAAGAUGUUGGCGCAGGGCAUCCACCCUACGACCAUUGCCCAAUCCUUUCAACGUGCUGCCAACAAAGCUGUCGAGUUUCUUGAAGAGAUGAGUACACCCGUCGAUUUGAACGACAAGGAAAGUCUGCUUCGAGCAGCGAGCACGAGUCUGAAUUCAAAGAUUGUCUCGCAAUACUCCUCCACCCUUGCUCCCAUUGCCGUGUCUGCCGUCACUCGUCUCGUCACACCUACCUCUUCAAACGUUGAUCUGAGGGAUAUCAGGAUCGUUAAAAAGGUCGGAGGUACCAUCGAAGACACGGAAAUGGUGGAGGGAUUGGCAUUGAACCAAGUGGCGAUGAACAACGCUGGUGGACCGACGAGGAUGGAGAAAGCUAGGAUCGGAUUGAUUCAAUUCCAAUUGAGCAGUCCGAAGCCUGACAUGGACAACCAGAUCGUUGUGAAUGACUACCGUCAAAUGGACAAGAUUCUCAAGGAAGAACGUCAAUACCUCUUGAACCUUUGCAAACGAAUUAAGAAGACCGGCUGUAACGUCCUCCUGAUCCAAAAGUCCAUCCUCCGAGACGCUGUCACCGAUUUGUCCCUUCACUUUUUGGCCAAGCUUAAAAUCAUGGUUAUCAAGGAUAUCGAGCGGGAUGAAAUUGACUUUAUCGCAAAGUCUACAGGGUGUAGACCUGUGGCCGAUAUCGAAGCUUUCACCGAGGACAAGCUGGGAUAUGCCGAGUUGAUCGAAGAGACGUCUCAGAGCGGUGCCAAGGUCGUGAAAGUCACUGGGGUCAAGAACCCUGGUAGGACAGUUAGCGUCGUUUGUACCGGUGCGAAUCAGCUGGUCUUGGAGGAGAGUGAGAGGAGUCUGCACGAUGCCUUGUGUGUCGUUAGGUGUCUCGUCAAAAAGCGUGCCCUGAUUGCCGGUGGUGGUGCACCCGAGAUUCAUGUCUCUCGUCUCCUGACUCAACAUGCUCAAACACUUAAAGGAAAAGAAGCCUACUGCUUUCAAGCAUUUGCCGAAGCCCUCGAGAUCAUUCCCACCACAUUAGCUGAAAAUGCCGGAUUGAAUCCCAUCAGUAUAGUGACGGAAUUGCGAAACAAGCAUGCUUUGGGGGAGAGGAAUGCAGGUAUCAACGUGAAGAAGGGAAUCAUCUCCAAUAUUCUCGAUGAAAAUGUCGUUCAGCCUUUGUUGGUCUCCACGAGCGCUUUGGAACUGGCGACGGAAACUGUGUCGUUGAUCUUGAGGAUCGAUGAUAUUCAGUUCACACGAUAGAAAAAUGUUCACGUAUCAUCAUCAUCACUUGCAUGCAGUCAGCGAGACACUGUAC